AUGGCGACAAGAAAGAAGAGAUGCGGGCAUUCCGAAGGAUUUUAUCGGGACUUAAACGCAUUGACGACUGGCGAAUUCGAACCUAGCAUAAAGAAGAGGAAAACAAAAAUAUUACCGGGGUUUUAUACAGUGGAGCGUAUAAUAUCCUCAAGAGAACGGGAAAAUGUAAGUCCAAAACACAUCACUUAAAUUCACUUUGCCUUUGCCCUUUGGGUUUUUACACUUCAAUUAUUAUUUAUUUCUUGUUGAAUUUUGUAUUGAUUAGAAGUUAUAUUGUAAAUAUGCAAACGCUAUAAAGUGUCUGCAUUGUUCUGGAUGAUACUCUUGUAGGAUUUAAUAUAGUAUUUAUACAUGCACUUUAAUAGAUAAUUCCAUUGAAUACAAAAUAUCUAACUGCUAACUAGCCAUGUAAAAAUUGUGAAUUGUCUAUAAAACAGGAUUUUGCUUUGUUAUGUUGUAUAAUUCUCUGAGGUGGUUUUUUUAUAUGUAGCUACCUAGACUCCUGGUCAUAGAUUAUCACUGCAUACAGUACUGUAUCACUACAGGAAGAAGUCUGAAAUAUAAUCAAAACAAUGAUAAUUUCUUUAUUUUAUAUACAUACAGGAAAUGCAAUAUCUUGUUAAAUGGAAAGACUGGCCUUCCUCUAGUUGUUCAUGGGAACCAGCCAACCAUUUGGGUGAAGAGCUUAUAAGUUAUGUACAUUUUAAUAUAUAUUUAAGUGCUAAUGUUUCUCGGUGCAAUUUCAUUGAUCUCAAUAUUAAUUAUACUGGAGUAGAUAUUAACCUAAUGCCAAUCUGCCAGUCAUGGGUUAAAUUAGUUAUUAUUGGGGAGAGAAUAGUGUCAAUAGAAAGUUUUAUUAGAAAUCCUGUUUGUAAUUAUACACAAAAUAUACUUAAUUCUGUUUUAUUUGCUAUUUUGUAGGAAUUUCAAUGCAUGUACUCCAAAUCCCAGUAAAGAGCGGAUUACCAGUUCCACAGAGAUAUUUGCUGAUGCUGUUCUGGGCCGUUUAAAAUCUAAAUGUUUGGAACCCAAAGUUAAUAUUCAUAUGGACCAUGACAUUUUCCGCUUUGUGGUAAAAGGCAAGGGAAGAGAAGCUGCAGAUUUUCCUGGGUCAUUGCUACUCGAAAAGGCUGACUUCUCACGCUUUAACAUGCAUGAGUACUGGUGGUAUGUUCUUAACAGUAAUGGUGAAGGACGGACAGUACACUUUCCAAUAAGGGCUAAACCAGUUCUUAGAUGGUCUGCGAAACAAUAUAUAUUAGUAAAUGGAUGUAUUUCCCUAGCUCCGCAGAAACCGGUUGAGAUUGUUUCGUUUUUUAUUGCUAGAGAGCAAGCUAACAAAGAUAGAUUAUUAUAA